ACCGGAGACUGUGUGAUGAACAAAAAUGCAAGGAUGAUAGGCGGAGUUAUAAGUGAAGCUAAUUCCAGACCGUUUCAAGUAGCUCUGUUGUUACGUGUCGGUGUGAACGGUGAGCAAGGAUUCUGUGGCGGCGCGCUUGUGCAUCCCGAGUGGGUGCUUACCGCCGCCCACUGCUGCUUCCACGACGACCAACAGGUCGACAAUGUACAGGCGGUGCUCGGCGCGCACUCCCUAUAUGACCGAUACGAGAAUGGACGGCGGAUUGUUAACGUGGAAGAGGUGGUCCCGCAUCCCGACUUCGAGCCUCAUACCUUCGCCAAUGACAUCGCGCUCCUCAAACUUGCCAACACCAUACAACUCACUGAUACCAUAGACACUGUUCGUCUUCCGUAUCAGAGGAUAUCUUCGUACAACUUCGCGGGAAUGGGCGCCAUCGCCUCCGGCUGGGGGAUAGCCGCAGAAGGUGUUACUUUCGUGUCGCCAACACUCCGUGAGAAGCUGAUGACGGUGAUGACGGACCCGCUCUGCAACACGUCGUACCUCGGUCAGCUGCCGGCCAACACUGUCUGCGGCUACAGCGGAUUGGCUGGUACUUGUAAGGGUGAUAACGGUGGACCUUUUACAAUCGUCUACAACGCAACCGAAGAAACUAUUUUGAUCGGCGUGGCUUCGUUUGUUGGCGCGGGCGGCUGCAGUGACGACGUGCCCUCCGUCUUCACACGCGUCCAGCGCUACUUGACCUGGAUCAGUGACGUCACGGGAAUCGUCAUAAUUGUAUAUAAGGGAAUGAUGGAGUUGGUUUUGGAAAGUCCAAAGAUGGGUCCCCUACUGUUCGCUUUGUGUUUGGUUGCGGGUGCUGCAGCGAGGCAGCCUGUGGCACUCCCGUGGGAUAAUUACCAUGAAUCGGUCGGAAUUCCUCUCGCGUCGAGGAUUAAAGAUGCCGAGGAUGGAUGGAUGUCGGGGGACUCAUUUGGUUCUAGAAUAGUCGGUGGCGCUGCCGCACCCCUAAAUGGUCACCCUUAUCUGGCUGGAUUGCUAAUCACGUUCUGGAACCAUCCUGGAACAUCAGCAUGUGGUUCUUCGCUCCUCUCCUCCAACCGGCUGGUGACAGCCGCCCACUGCUGGUUCCACUCACUGCAGGCCAACCAGUUCGUGGUGGUCCUCGGCUCCCAGUUCCUCUUCUACGGAGGCACCAGGGUUGCCACAAACAACGUGAUAAUGCAUCCACAAUACGUUCCCAGAACUCUGCUCAACGAUGUUGCCAUGAUUUUACUACCCACUAAUGUUUUCUUCUCUAACAGCAUCCAGCCGAUCGCGCUGCCCAAUGGUAACGAGCUGUGGGACCAGUUCAGCGGCGCGUGGGCCGUUGCCGCGGGAUACGGCAAGACAAAUGACCAGCAAGCGGGUGUGUCGGUGAACUCGUUCGUGAGCCAGGUGGACCUGCAGGUGAUCACAGUGUGGCAGUGCCAGGCGGUGUUCGGCAGCAUCGCGCAGCCCAGCAACAUCUGCACCAGCGGCGCCGGCGGCGUCGGCAUCUGCGGCGGAGACUCCGGCGGCCCGCUCGUCGUCAACCGCAACGGACGGAAUAUACUGGUCGGUAUCAGCUCGUUCGUGGCCAGCAAUGGCUGCCAGCUCGGCUUCCCCUCCGGCUUCGCUCGCGUCACCAGCUUCCACAACUUCAUCACGCAGUACAUGUAA